AUGACACAUCUCAGUCUGUGCUUUCCUCUUUUUGUUCCGUCUUCAAAGUAUAACAAACAAAAUCAGCUUUAUUUUGGGAGGAAUGAAAUUGUAUGUAGAGGAAAGUAGGGGUAAUUGAGGGUUAAGCAGGAAUGGUUUGAUUACGAAAGCCGGUUUUUUAGGUAGUUGCACCUCUAAAUGUAAGAUCGGGGUGACAAAGUUUGGAGGGGAGCACUCUUCUUCGAUUAUCAGUUUCCUCGUCAUGUAAUAGAUAGUCAUGUUGGAGGAAGGGGAGUGUUCUCUACUCAAAUUUGUGAUUAGUUUCUAUUUUUUAUCUAACAAUAAGACAACAAGGCUUGGCAGCUUUGUUUUUUAUAUUUUUUCGUCGUUCUGAUUGUUCAAUGUCUUGAAUUUUAAUUAUUUUAUAUUACCCAUGACCUUAAUUACGAUGAUGAUUUUUGAAUAUUUCAGAUGCCUCUUUCCACGGCAGAUUCGAUCGAAAGUUCGUCCAGUUCGGAGGACAGUCCCUUAGGCACUCUGGACCCUACCUCAUCGCUCAGCGUCAUCUUCAACCACUCCCCUCCCGCCCAGAAUGUUUGUGCCAUCUGUAGAAUCGAGCCGGUCAAUGUGUUCUACCUCAAAGUCGGUGUUUGCACUGGCUGCCGCGCCUUUUUCCGACGUUCUAUCAAACAGAAAAAACAUUACAAAUGUUUGAAUGGACGACUCUGUGGCCAGAAUGCCCGUAAGUUGGAUUGUUUUGUUGUUAUUCGAGAGAUGACAUAACAAUUCUUAUAUUUUUCUUGGGAUUUUAGUGGUCCCCACACGAAGAGCCUGUAAAUAUUGUCGAUUUCAACGAUGUAUUCAAGCUGGAAUGCUGGAAUCAAGUGAGAUUUGAAGACCCUAAAUUGAAAUUCCUCACAAUUAUUUGCUGACAUUCUGUUUAUAGAGUUACAACUGCACUCGGAGCAACGAGAAAAGUAUUCCUCGUUCUCGAAGAAGAUCCCUGUUGUUACCUCAGACAUUUUUCUGGAUGAAAUGAUAGGUGAAAUGCUCCAGGAUUUUCUGAAAAUGCGGAGGAAAGUUGUUUUCGAAUUCACAGCAAAUUGUCGACGUCAGUUUGGGAAUAUCAGAGCCGGAGAUAACAUUUUGAACGAGGCCAAGGAAAGUGAGAGUGGCCAGCAUGAUAUGGUCGUAUCUCACAUCGAGUUUGCAGUCUAUGAUCAGAUUGUUCGCAACGAAUUCGCAAUUUUCAAAGAUAUCCCCGAUGAUGACUGGGUAAGUAGAUCUAUUGUUAUUUAAAUUCUUUUGUUAUUAGAACUUUUUACUUUUCUUUUAAAAUUUAAAAUCAAAAGAUAUGCUCAUGAUUUUAGGCUGAGCUAACCAAAUACUGUUUUGUGCAAUACUGGGAUCUCCUCGGCCGAGUCCUCACUACAAUGAGAUUUAAUGGGCAUGAGAAGAGUCAGAGUUACAAUUCCGAUGGGACAUAUCAUCAGCUCUCCCAAACCUCCACCGAGAUCUACUGGUCCUACCUCUAUCCCUCCAUCCGCCUCGACGACCCUCAGGGGACAUACCGGACUGUCCAUGACUAUAUGUUCGGCGUUGCCGUUAAUCUGGUACGGUCUGUUACGGUAGCCUUCGCCAAGGCCCAUUUGGAUGAAGUUGAGACUGCCGCUUUAUUGUUAUUACUGUACACGUCAUCGGAAUGCAAACGAUUGGUGUCUGAGAAGACAAAGAAUUUGCUGGACAAAUGUCGGCAAGAAACCCUCCGGGGAUUGGGAGCGCAUAUCAAAAGUACUGGCAGGGAUAUUUCACAGAGAAUGCCGGUCAUUAUUUUACUCAUCACUGAAUUCCAGGUGAGUUUCCGUUCUUCCAGAAUUAUCUUCUAUCUGUUUCUGUGUUAUCCAUCAUAUUUCCAGAACCUUUCCCGGAUCACUCACUUCGCCAUGUUAUUGAUAUUCCACGCCACGAAAGGCCUUGCCUAUCCCGAGAUCUUCAGAGAAAUGGUGGGCAAGCUGGGCAACUUCCUCUCGCCACAGCCCACCUUGACCGACGAUUUCAUUGACACUUUGUCUUCCUAA